AUGUCUCCCCGAUCGAGCCGUGCCGAUCUGAGCUUCGAAGAGUCCAACUCCACCGCCCGCAGAUUUCUUCCUGGUAUGCGACGGACGUGGAUGUCCGGGCGCAGCCCCAAUACCUCGCAGGAUCAGCCCGACCGGCAUCUUUCUGCCCACGCCUUAAUGUCUCCCGUCACCCCCGGGGCCAUUCUGUCGGAACCCUCGUCUCUCCCACCUAUUCCGCCAGUCAAUUCCCCUGCAGAUAAACCUGAUGCCUCUCAAACGACCGCUCUCCCGUCUCCCGUGCCGAGUGCGAAUGAAAACCCGAGUUCCGUGAAUUCCAAUGUCGCUCCCGAGAACCCGACCCCGUCUGUGCCCUCAAAUGAGCCUGUCACAACCCAACCGAGAAUUGAAGAACGUGCUGCUCCCUCCCAGUCCCAGUCGGGCUCACCGGUCGCAACGUCGACAGCGAGUCCUGCAGUCAGAGUAAUCGCCCAGGUGCACGGAAAUGCGGUGUCAGGGCUCCCUCAACCACAGCCCUCGUUUGCGCAAUCGCCAAAUACACUGCUCCUCAGUGAUCAGACAUGGAAGUAUUGGCAUUCUCACCUGGACCGGCUGGUGAAAGACUUGGACCAACAGAAACAAUUGAGCGAAGCCGUUGGAUUCCCUCGGGUCCAUCUACUGCGAGAGGCGUUUGCGAAGCGGGAUUUGAUUUAUGUAGUGCUUCAUCAACUCUACUGCCGCUGGUCAAUUGACCGCAAAGUAUUAUUGGACCAGUUCGCAGUGCUCCGGAACAAGCAAUGCGAAGAUGGAAUGCAUGUGCUAAGCCUUCUUCUGGAGAACAAACAGAAGCUCCCUUACCCAGUGCUCUUUGGCUUCGCUCAUUUCCCGAGAUCGCCACAGGAUCUCAUGCGCGACGCCUGGUACAGAGCAAAGGUCCAUGAAGUGGCUCUUUGCCUGUCGCGUCUGGGCGCCGAAUGGAGUAUGGUUAGCACCCACCUCCGUCGCCCGCCCCUAGUUGAUGAACUCAGGCAGAAGAUAACAGUGCUGUCGUCGACGCUCCUGUAUGUGAUGUUUAUCUCGCUAUGUCGCCUGCACUACGAUGAGCGCUACUUGGGGGACCUACAACGUCUAUUUUGGGUUGACUUGGCGGAAGUCUCACAGCGUUUGGCCUCGGGAUCUGGGGACGCCAUCGCUGUGCAAAAUUCCCGUCUCAAGUUGAUUCAUGAAUACCAACGGUUUCCACGGAAGACUGUUUCGGUUCCACCUGUACAGGAACCUCAGUCUCAGUCGGUGAUGCAGCCUUCUCAAGUCGAAUCGCCGGCUUCCGCAAGCGAUCAAUCAUCUGUUCCAAGUUCAGCCGUCUCCGCCCCUUUGGUUUCUCCCCGUCAGUCUCCGGGCGGGUUCGCUGCCCCUGGGCUGCACAGCUCGACUCAUUACAUAGCACAGACACAACCGGGGCAUCAAGUACAGACCCAGUCAGCCCGUUCAGCCAUGGCCUAUCAGGCACAGCCGCAGUCAGGCCCACCCCUAGUUUAUCCAUCAGCAAUAUCGUCAGCCAAUACUGCUGUGAACCCGUCGCAACCACAGGACUUUCAACCUCCGGCUCUCUUGAAUACCUCCGUUCAGCAUCUCGGAGGUCCAGUUUUAUCCCAGAGCCCACAAGCCCGAGCGGUCAGACGGCAGUCUUUGACCUCACAAUCUAGUUCGCCAGACACCCGAGUGCCUCCGAGACAGGCGUCUCAGCCUUCGCUUGUCGCCAACUUUUUCCCACCGGCCGGAUACCGAGCACCGCAGACAGUGCAGCCGAAUCCGCUCCGGCUGGGACUUCACCAGGCGCAUCUCCGCGACCCUGUCAAAAAGCUCUUGGAACUAGGUCCAAAUGGAGAACCGAUCGAGACAGAACUGUAUUAUUUCCUCGGCGGCUUCUACUCGCCACCGAAAUUUCUCGACCCUGAGGAAUCGUCCCACACCUGGACAUUCUAUAUUUCGAACGCCGAUUCUCAGAGGUUCCCCCGUACCGUUGAGAGAACAGACGGACAGCGUGCCACACAAACCUUCCAGCCUGGUUGUCGGACGCUUCGCUUGCGAUCUAUCCGAUUACACCCUUCCAAAAACGCGCAGAGUGCCUGGUCCACCGCAGGCACCGCCUGGCCCAGUGUUUUCUAUAUCUUUAUCAACCAAAAGGAGGUAUUCGUGCGGCGCAAAGUUCAUAAUGGCAAAGAUCUCCCCCUGGACAUCACCAACCAUCUCCGGGAGGGUGAGAACAAAAUCACAAUCAACCUGCUCCUUGGCCCGGAUGAGUGCAAGAACCUUCGAUAUGUGUUCGGCAUAGAGGCCAUGGAAGUUUCGGGCUUUUCACAGGUGAAGGGACUGGCGCGGUUUAUCUCGGUUGCAGAGUCCCGUGCUCGCAUCCAGAAGCGUCUGUCGCCGACCACAGACAAUGACGAGCUAGCCGUCGUCACAGAUAGCCUGACCAUCGACCUCAUCGACCCUUUCAUGGCUCGAGUUUUCGACAUUCCCGCCCGCUCCAGAUUCUGUGACCAUCAAGAAUGCUUCGAUCUCGACACCUUCAUCCGAACCCGGAAAUCGGUGUCUGGUCCGACACCGAUGGUCGAUAACUGGCAAUGCCCGAUCUGCAAGGCUGACGCCCGUCCCCAGUGUUUAAUCAGGGAUGAUUUCCUCGUCGAGGUCCACCAAGAACUCGCCCGCACAAACCGACUGGAGGGCAUUCAGGCCAUCCAGAUCAAGGCCGAUGGGUCUUGGACUGUGGUUCUCGUCAGUGAUCAAUCACAUAGCCUACAGAAUCAUCUGCAUGGGGAUUCGAGGAUGCUGAAGCGCAAGGCCGAUAGCACACCACAAUCGGACUCGAGGGCAGUGCACCCCAAAAACGAAGAAUCUUCUUCUGAAAGAGCUUCUCAGCCUCGGACACAGGAGCCAUUGGUCAUUGAAAUAGACUAG